AUGACAACGGGUGAAUACUUAAUAGAUGGUGUGGACUACGUUGAUACGUGGAAGAUUAUGGAAACAUUUGUCGAUGAAGGUCGUGCCAAGUCAAUUGGUGUGUCCAGUUUUAACCAAAAGCAAUUGGAGCGAAUUAUGGACGUGGCUAAACACAAACCAGUUACAAACCAGAUUGAACUCCAUCCGUAUUUUACCAGAAAUGAGUUGACAAGUUGGUGUCAGUCGAAAGGCAUUGUUAUCACCGCAUUCAGCUCACUUGGGGCUAUUGACAGGCCUUGGGCUAAGGAAGAAGAUCCCAAUUUAUUAAAGGACUCUGCCGUCCUCGCUAUCGCCAAGAAACACGAUAGGUUACCAGCACAGGUGUUACUUAGAUAUGGUAUUGAUCGUGGUUGUUUGGUGAUACCCAAAAGUGUCACUCCAAAGCGGAUACAAGAAAAUAUUGCGGUAUUUGACUUCAAGUUAACCCCAGACGAUAUGGAUACAUUGACGUCUCUUAAUCGUAAUUGGACAGUGUUUCAUUUACUUUGGAGCACAUUCAAGGAUCAUCCACACAGUCCUUUCAAUGACGAGUUGCAGCUAUAA